CAAUAUUUCACACGUUUUGGUGAUAAGACACAAACGGUGGUCCACUUGGAUGACCGGCUAAGAGAAGAGAUCCGCGAUUUGAACGCCUUUUACGACACAAGUUGUCUCGUUUUGGUGGAUAAGUUGCCCUCAAAUUGUUGUCGAAGAAGUGAUGAUUGCAUGAGUAGUGAGUCCAUUACGGAUGCAUUGUUUCAAUCAGACCACAAGACUAAGUGUCAUAUGAAUGGCCAAUCUAAGGAUGUCAUAAUUGGUGAUAUUGUUGGUGGAAGUGGUGGAGUGAGUGACCCAAUGGCCACAAAUGGUCUUAAGAUAGCAGACAAGUGUUUGGAUAAAGUGGACGAUAGUUGCGCGAAGAGUGAGAGGAAAUAUGUCUGCGAUUACAUGUCAUGUGAUAAGAGUUAUACCGAUAUAUCACACCUAAAAAGGCAUCAAUUAAUACAUUCCGGACGUGUGUAUCGGUGCGGAUGUGAUGGCUGUAGCGCAACGUUCACGAGUCCUCAAUACCUGGACAGACAUGUCAAGAGACAACACCCGAAAUAUCAGUGCGACUGUAAGACAGGUAUUAUCACUUCUCGAGGACACCAACAAAUGAAAGCGAAGACUAAUGACAAGGGAAUGGAAGACGUGGUGGAGCCGUUUACUACUAAACCCACAGAAAGUAGAUCUCAAAAGAAAAUGCCGGAAGAAUGCGAUUGGAGUGAUGAAGACAUGGAUGAUAAUAGUGAACCAAAAGGCAGUGCGAGUGUUAGUAAAUACCGAAAAGUUGACGGAAAAUACAUUUGCGAUAUCAAUAGCUGUCAUAAGAAAUACGCCGAUCGGCGCAGUCUUCGUGAGCACCAAAUGUCUCAUUCGGGCAAAAGAUUUUACUGUUAUAUCGAGAACUGUUGCAAACAUUUUGCUCACAAAUCUUCACUCAGAAUCCAUUUAAAGACUGGAAAUCAUGUGUUUGGACAGCCGUUCGCCUGUGUCUAUGAAUGCGGUUUCAAUAUAAAUGAUAGAAAGGGUUUAGAGGAACACAUAAUGAGCUGUCCGUCCACUGAAUUGCAAGUGAAGCCAAUGAAUGACCAGACAGUGAACACAAUGUCUGAUAAGUCAGUGCCGCAGAAGACUCACCAUUCCGUUGAUAUAUCUUUGCCAAUGAAUAGUACAUCAGAAGUGAUGGAUAGUAAAGAUGAAGAUUAUUUCGAUUUUGAUAUGGGAUUUGAUAUGAAUGGUGACAAUGAUAGCAGUGCUGAUGAAGAGCCCAUCGCUAACCGAAUCAGUGAUAAAACGAGUGAUAAGUUGUCUACAAAUGAACAAAAGGUAUCCGAAUUAAGUGGAGGUCAACACAGCCUUCGCUGUGACUUUGAGGGCUGUUCUGCAAAGUUUAACUCAAAGCACAACCUCUUGUGCCACAAACGCAUACACAUCGGGAAGGAUUUGGUGUGCGGUUUCAUUGGAUGCGACUUCAAGACUAAGAUCAAUAGUAAUCUUCAUCGACACAAACAGAUUCAUCGGUCGGCUACCGAAACAGAGACCUAUGUCUGCGAUUAUAUUGGUUGCGGCAAAGAGUUCAGUAAUAGAUCAUACCUUUUAGUGCAUAAGAGGAGCGUUCAUUCGGGGCGAAGGUAUGCGUGUGAGUGGCCGGGCUGUUCAUCAACGUUCACGUGCCCACGCAAUCUCACC